GAAAAGGGGAAGCGACAAGAAGAAGAAGAAAAAAAAGAAAAAAAAAAAGGUACGAGGAUGCCAGAACAAACCACUGGCUACUCCGUAAUACUCCUAGUACUCCGUACUCCGGAGUCUCGUUUUCUUGUCGGGUCCAGUCCCGCACCGGACGAGGGACCGCCGAUCUUCUUCUCUCUCUCUCUUUCUCUCUUCCUCCUCUCCCCGUCCGAACUUCUGCCCCCCAAAACUCUUGCUCCAUCCACAACGCAGUCUACUAAAAGUAGACUAACCGGCACACUAGAUCGAUGUCUAGUCCGCCCAAUCAGUCCCCCGGCUGAGUCUAAACCGCCGUUUACCCGAUUCGGGACUAAUCGUCUUCUCGCUUCUCUGCCUCUCCUUCUCUAUCCUCCCACUACUUUCGUUCGCUGCUCGUCUGUCCUCCUUUUUGGUCUUUCUUUCUUUCCCAUCCGAUUUUGGGUGUGGAAGUCUCGACUGCUACGAUCAAUUUCUAACCACCAGAUCCCCCCCAACACACCGUCAUCAUGUCCGGCAAUCCAUCCGGUUACCAAUAAUCCUACCCUUAAUCUUUCUCUUUCUCUUUCUUCUUCUGUCGGAUGGUCCCCUCCAUUAAUCUAGUCUUCUUCAAUCGUUUUAUUUUAUGACAUUGAGUGUCUCGGUCCCUGACGUAUUGGAGUUUCUUCUCUUCUACUGUGUGAGAAACUAACGACUUAAAAAAAGAGAGAGAGAGAGGGAAGAAAGCAAUCAGAACGGU